AGAAGCGAGGAGUGCAACCGCAGCUAGAGGUGCCUGCUUUGUAUUCAGUGCUCUUUUCACAAGUGCUGCUUGUGCAGAACUCCACCAAGCAAAAGGAAGAACAAAGAAAAGAUAGAUUCUGGAAGCAUCUCAAGCAUAAGAUCUGCUUUGUUCUCUUUCAUUUGCUGCUUCUUUACUAUUUCUAAUAACUUGCGUGCUUGGGUUCCUUAUUACCAUGUUAAUUCUUCACUGGAGUCUUUAUGAAAUUACCAGUGUAGUCUGUCUGCUGUUUUUCUCACAUGUUUCAUUCACUUGACUGCUCCUCCCAGUAUCCUGCCAGAAGACUAUGUCCUUCUGCCAGUAAUGAGCUGGUUUGUCUACUGAAACAUUCCACUGUCACCUAUUAACAAAAAUAGAGUUUAAAUGUCAAACUGCAAUUGUUUUUUCUUCAGCUGUCUUACUUGGCAACUUCGCAGGAAUAAGCCCUGCUCUACUGAUGUUAAAGGAUCCGUCAUACUGAACUCUGCUUUGAAAAACUGAGAAGCCUCUUCUGUGUAGAAUUGAAAGAGACAUUUGACAGUUGUCUUGAAGAAAAAUUAAGGCAAAAAUGUCCAUCAUAGAUCCCUAUCAACACAUUGUGGUGGAACACCAGUAUUCACACAUAUUCACUGUGACAGUCAGGAAAGCCACAAAUGUCACAAAGGGAGCAUUUGGUGACAUGCUUGACACUCCGGAUCCCUAUGUGGAGCUGUUCAUCCCGUCCGCCCCUGACUGCAGGAAAAGAACCAAACAUUUCAAUAACGAUGUCAAUCCCGUGUGGGACGAGACCUUUGAGUUCAUUUUGGACCCCAACCAAGACAACAUUCUUGAGGUUACUUUGAUGGAUGCCAACUACGUGAUGGAUGAAACUCUUGGCACAUCCACAUUUCCUAUAUCUUCUCUGAAACUGGGAGAGAAGAAGGAGGUCCAGUUAACUUUCAAUGACGUCACGGAAAUGACCUUGGAAUUGUCUCUUGAAGUAUGCUCUUCAACUGAUCUCCGGUUCAGCAUGGCUCUGUGUGACGAGGAGAAGAAAUUUCGGCAGCAGAGAAAAGAGAAUAUCAUGCACAGCAUGAAAUCAUUUCUAGGAGAGGAAAACAGCAAGAACUUGACCAGUUCCCGUGAUGUGCCAGUGAUCGCAGUGCUGGGCUCAGGAGGUGGAUUUCGCGCCAUGGUCGGCUUUGCUGGCGUCAUGAAAGCGCUUUACGAAUCGGGAGUUUUGGACUGCGCGACGUACGUUGCUGGUCUCUCAGGAUCCACGUGGUACAUGUCGACUUUGUAUUCGCACCCGGAUUUUCCAGAGAAAGGACCCAAGGAGAUUAAUCAAGAAUUGAUGAACUCUGUGAGUCACAACCCACUUCUGCUGCUCACUCCUCAGAAAGUCAAACGCUACAUCGAAGCGCUGUGGAAUAAGAAAAGCUCAGGCCAGCCCGUCACCUUCACCGAUAUCUUUGGAAUGCUGAUAGGUGAAACACUUAUCCAUAACAGAAUGGACACCACCCUGAGCGACAUGAAAGAGAAAAUCAACCAUGCCCAGUGCGCUCUCCCACUCUUCACGUGUCUCCACGUCAAACCAGAUGUCUCAGAGCUCAUGUUUGCAGACUGGGUGGAAUUCAGUCCCUAUGAGAUUGGUAUGGCCAAGUAUGGCACUUUUAUGUCUCCUGAUUUGUUUGGAAGCAAAUUUUUUAUGGGGACAGUGGUGAAGAAGUAUAAUGAAAAUCCCCUUCAUUUCUUGAUGGGUGUCUGGGGCAGUGCCUUUUCUAUAUUAUUUAACAGAGUGCUUGGCGUCUCCAAUUCUCAAAAUAAAGGUCCCACCAUGGAAGAAGAAUUAGAAAAUAUCAGGCUAAAGCACCUCGUAAGCAACGACAGUUCAGACAGUGAAGAUGAAUCGCAGCAUCCAAAAGGCACUGAAAACACUGAGGCGAAUCAGGAGUAUCAGAACAGCAGCCAGGAGAGCUGGGUGCAGCGGAUGCUGAUGGCGCUGGUGGGCGACAGUGCCCUUUUCAACACCAGGGAAGGGCGUGCUGGAAAAGUGCACAACUUCAUGCUGGGCUUGAACCUCAACAGCUGUUACCCGCUCUCUCCCCUGGCAGAUCUCCUGUCCCAGGAGUCCGUGGAGGAGGACGAGCUCGAUGCUGCCGUUGCAGAUCCUGAUGAGUUUGAGAGGAUAUACGAGCCGCUAGAUGUGAAGAGCAAGAAGAUCCAUAUAGUGGACAGUGGGCUCACCUUCAACCUGCCGUACCCGCUUAUCUUGAGACCUCAAAGAGGUGUCGAUCUCAUCAUCUCUUUUGAUUUUUCUGCAAGGCCAAGUGAUUCCAGUCCUCCUUUCAAAGAAAUUUUACUUGCUGAAAAAUGGGCCAAAAUGAACAAGCUUCCUUUCCCGAAAAUCGACCCGAAUGUCUUUGAUCGAGAGGGCCUGAAGGAGUGCUAUGUUUUCAAACCAAAGGAUACCUCUUCGGAGAAAGACUGUCCAACUAUCAUCCAUUUUGUUUUGGCCAACAUCAACUUCCGCAAGUACAAAGCUCCAGGCGUUCCGAGAGAAACGCAGGAAGAGAAGGAUUUUGCAGACUUUGACAUUUUUGAUGAUCCAAAUACACCGUUCUCCACCUUCAACUUCCAAUAUCCCAACGAGGCGUUCAAGAGGCUUCAUGACCUGAUGGAGUUCAACACCCUCAAUAACAUAGACGUGAUCAAACAAGCCAUGAUGGAGAGCAUCGAGUACAGAAAAGAGAACCCGUCGCGCUGCUCCGUGUCGCUGAGCAGCGUCGAAGCGCGGAGGUUCUUUAACAAGACCAAUCUGAACAACAACCUGACGUAGAGGACGCGGCGCAGGUCCCGCUCCUGCCACGGGCUCUUCAGAACUGGAGGCAAAGAGACAUUCUCAGAGCGUCACUGCUCCCCAACGGGGCUGUGCGAAUCCACUUUCCCCUGUGGAUUUGCGAGUUUAAGUAUAAUUUUGUACUUCUUUUUUUAAGAACCUAAAAAGGAGUUGAAAACAUUUCAAUAUGCUGUUAUCCUUACUCUAAGAACUAUGGAAUUAGUUUAUCUUGACUGUCAUCAUUGGGUCCGCCACCGUCUUCUUUUUCUCACAAAACUCUAAAUGCUGCUUUCUCGUAGCGUGGCAAUCCUUGGGCUUUUAGUUGGUGUAAACUGGGCAUGUCUCGAAACGUAAGUGGAAUGGGAAACACAAGAGAAUAAAAUCUAGUAAGAAAGAGAAUACAUGUACCUGAGCUUAAGCCCGGAUUCCCCUCUGCUUUGUGUCAGAUUUCCUCUAAUUUUGGGUUGAAAAGUCAAUAAUUGGUCACGGCCAGUUCACUAAUAACCAUUGGCUCUGUUGGCCUUUCCAAAACUCCAUCUUCAAGCUGUGUUUCAAAUUUUCUUGCACAAGUGGCGUCUCUUAAAAUAGAACCAAACAACCCCAGACGUGGUAACGAACAAUCACAGACGUGAUAACAAAAGGGCUUUGAUAACAAACGGGGUUUACACCUCAGCUGGUUAGUAAUGCUUUUGUACUUUUGUGGCUGAUGCUGGGUAGGACCCGCUCUUGAAUCUUCUCAUUCCAAGUAUUUUCACCAAAAUCAAAGUCCACUGUUUAAGGACGUAUGUAUCCACUGGGCAAAAUAUCCAACCUCUUCCAUUUUCUUGUUCUCUUUCUUUGCACAAAAUCACGUUGCUGGAAUUCUUGAGCUAGCAGCGCCUGUCUGUUAAAUUAUUGUUACUUUAUGUAUUUCUGAUCAAAACGUUUAUGGAUAAAUUAAAAGUGAUUUUGCAUUUGA